AUGGCCGCCGUAUCACCAGGGACUGGUAACCCAUCGCAGCUCCGUGGCGACGAGUUCGAUACGCAGCAAACGCCAUCUCAAAUUCGGAAACUCGCCAGCCUCUGGAUAACUGUCAAGGAAGCUGAGGACAUUUGUCGGCAGUUUCAGAGAUCCUGCAUCCAAAACCGUCAGGUCCUAUGGAGUGGCAUGCUUCGGGAAACGGCACAGCGGUGGGCAGAUGAACGUGACUUUCAGACAUUGACAACUGCCUUGGGCCCUCUUCUGGAUCCUUCCCAUCCAGAUUGUCCCCAUGAUCGGAAAUCAUCGGGAGGGUGGGCCAAAUAUAUUCAUGGAGCUUCAGUUUUGUUUGCUUGGUAUAUCUCCCAAACAGACCUGGUCACUGUCCUAUCGCAGCCUCCGCCGCAGCGGUUUCACCCUUCCGGGCAGACAUUCUACCAAAUGGUGGAAGAGCCGAUAAUCAAGGGUAUGAUGGGCAAUACGGCCGUGAGCAAAAUCGUCGUGGUUCAUCCCACCGUUGGGGGCGCUGCUGAUUUCACAUAUGAAAUGUGGCCGCAUGACGAGCCUUCAUUGUGGACAAUGAGCUUUGGGAUACCAGAUAUUGUGGUAUACUGGCGCCAAGUCAAAGCAAAGAAACCUCAACAGUAUGGUAGUAUUUCAAAGGUGUGCGGGUGA